UAAAAUGCAAGAGACGUAUUUGCUUGCCCAUCCUGGAGUAAAAAAGAAGAUUCUGCAUGGAGGUCAAGGACCAUUGCCGCAUUUUCCGAAGGGAACCAAGCUGGUGUUCCACUUUCAGACUCUGUUGGACAACUUUGAAAGAACAGUGAUUGACGACAGUCGCAAAAAUAAGCGUCCCACAGAGAUUUUCGUGGGGAGGAUGUUCAAGCUGGAGGUGUGGGAGGUGCUGUUAACCUCCAUGAGGAUUGGAGAGGUGGCGGAGUUUUGGUGUGAUGCUGUUCACACAGGUCUUUAUCCCAUGGUGUCAAAAGGGAUGCGACUGGCUGCUCAGGGAAAGGACCCUCUAGACGGCCAAAGACACACAUGUGGUAUGGGAAACUUGUUUCACUACCAUUCGACAGGCUUUCCAGAGCUUGAUGAGAUAAUGAGGACACCUCAGCCUCUAAUCUUCAUCAUGGAACUAAUCUCGCGGGAGUCUUGGAUGAUGGAGAAGGAUGAGAAGCUAAAGGUCGUGCCCUCGCUACAUCUUUUGGGCAAUGCUUUGGUCAAGCAGGGUCGGUUCCGUGAAGCUGCAGAAAAGUACCAAGAGGCUGUGGUUCUGCUGCGAACAGUCCAAUCCAGGGAGAUGCCUGGAGAUGAAGACUACAUUAAUCUGGACAGGCUUAUCAUUCCUCUUGUACUGAACUACUGCCAGUGCAUGUUAGAGCUGGAGGAAUAUUACGAGGUCAUAGAACAUACGACAGAGCUCCUGGACAAACACAAAGACUGUGUCAAGGCCUACUACAAGCGAGCGAAGGCCUAUACGGCUGUGUGGAGUGAGAGGGAGGCCAGGAGAGACUUCCAGAUGGUGUCCAACCUAGACAUCACACUGUCUCGAUUGGUGCAAAGAGAACUCGAUCUUCUCUCUGAGAGAAUGAAGGAAAAAUACUGGGAGGAUAAAGAAAGGUACUGGAACAUCCUGGAAGAAAGAGAAAAGGAACCAGAGAAGGAAGGCAUCUCUGAGAUGGAUGCAAAAGAGGAAAGCAGGGGGGAACAUUCUCAGUCCCCUGAAGUGGUCAAAGAUGCUGAGGAGGGAGAGAAUCCAUCUGUAGCACAGGAAAACAAGCAUGACACCAAAAGUGAAGAGUCGGCAGCGGAGGCCAAUCACAGGAUAACAGCUCUGACCGAGGGCAAGGACUGGCAGCAGAUGCUACGACUAAUUAUGCUGCUCCAAGACGAAGGAAAUUUCAAUGUGAAAGAGCAUAAAUACACUGAGGCGAAUGCUAAGUUCAAGGAGGCUCUGGAAUAUGUAGACCAUCUCCAAACUAAGGUGGAACAUAAAGGAGAAGACUGGGAAUCUCUAGAGAAAGUCCGUCUGCCACUCUGUCUAAACCUCAGUCAGUGUAAGCUGGAGCUUGGGGAAUGCCAAGAAGUGGUGGAUCUCAACUCUAAACUUCUGAAGAAACAUAAAGACAAUCUAAAAGCUGUGUACCAGCGGGCCCUGGCUCACGCCGCAUUAUGUAACGAAGACGAGGCCCACAGGGAUUUCAGUAGGGUCCUGCAACUGGAUCCCAAAUUCAAACCCAUCGUCAAGCAGGAGAUUAAGAAGAUGAGUGAGAACAUAAGAGUGAAGUGCAUCAAUGAAAACAAAAACUACUGGACAAGCUCUCAGGAGAAGUGGGAAAAGAAGGCUCAGGCCAAGAGAGGAAAGAAGAUGAAGAAAGGAGUGACAUGGGCGGAUGAGAGUAAAAUGUCGGGAAGGAACGAUGAGGGACAACUGGCAAGAUCAGGCUGCGGUGGCAAAUCAGAGGAGAGCUGCAGUGUCAAAGAAGGUAAUAAAGAUGAAGGACAGGAUGAGAACAAAAAGGACGAGAGCUCUCUGACCCUGAAAGAAGCAAAACAAAAAACUGUGGCUGUAGAUAAAGACAGGGAUUCAGUCCAAAGCAAUGUGCUGGGAGAUAGUACACAGAGAUCACAGACAGAUAGCGGGGCCACUGAAACUAUACUGACCAAUGACAUUACAAAGAAAAAUGAUGGCCAGGAUGAGAUCACAGAAGAAAAACAAGAAUCUCCUGCAAAGCCAGACAAAGAUGCAAGCAGUGGAGCAUCAAGGGAAGAAAGACUGACGGACACGACUGAAGAUGAUGAAACAGAGGAAAGCUACUGAAUUUAAGAUGGAGAAGA